AUGGGUUCGAGCUCGUCUAAGCCCUCGAACCCUGCUCCACAUGUGUGGAAGGGGACUCCUCAGCCGGGAGUGUCGCAGAAUCUAGUCGAGCAGCUCGAGACAAGCAACGAGACCGAUAUCUCCCGCCAACAAGCCGCCGAGCUCCUGGUCCAACAGCGCGUAGCCGCCGAGCUGAAGCGUCUGCGCGAACAAGAGAUCGAAGCCCUGCGCGAGGUGCAACAAAGACUGUCGGCCGAGCCCGAUCUGGCGGAGGAUCAGCAGCAGCAUCAAACCUCUAUCACCCGGCAGCAGGUUGCCAAGCAGAUUGACGACCUGCGCAGCAAGCUUGAGGAACGCAGACAAGUGCGGCCGCUGCCCGAGAGCGUGGAGAAGGCGCGCAGCGAGGUUGUGCGAUGCCUGCGUGAGCACGACCGCAGGCCACUCAACUGCUGGCAGGAGGUCGAGGCUUUUAAGGAGGAGGUCAGGAAGCUGGAAAAGGGCUGGGUCGAUAAGGUUGCGAGCUAG